AACAAUUGAAAGGUCCUCCUUUUCUCUCAUUUCUACUCCCCCAUUUCUCCUUCUUCCUUCAAAAGAUAACCCCCAAAAUCCCCUCUUUCUCUCUCUCACUCCUUCAUUCUUCACUCAAAACUCACUCACUCUUUCUUCUUUCUCUCUCCUCUAUCUCCCCCAAUUUCAAUGGCGUUAUCAACAACUUCUUCAGCAAGAUUAGCCGUUUACCAACCUCCUCACCCUCAUCAUCAUCAUCAAUCUCUCUCUCUCCUCCCAAAUCUCUCUUUCCACCCCAAAACCAAAUCCAAACUCAUCCUCACUUCCUCUUUUACCCCUUCCACCACCACCACAACCACCACUUCCACCACCACUUCCACUCCCACGCGCCGCCGUUCUUUUACUGUACGCGCCGCUCGCGGUAAAUUCGAGCGUAAAAAACCCCAUGUCAACAUCGGCACAAUCGGCCAUGUCGACCACGGUAAAACCACUCUUACCGCUGCAUUAACCAUGGCUUUAGCUUCACUCGGUAACUCCGCCCCUAAAAAAUACGACGAAAUCGACGCUGCUCCUGAAGAACGUGCUCGUGGUAUUACCAUCAAUACUGCGACUGUCGAAUACGAGACAGAAAAUCGACACUAUGCUCAUGUUGAUUGUCCUGGACAUGCAGAUUAUGUUAAGAAUAUGAUUACUGGUGCUGCUCAAAUGGAUGGUGCUAUACUUGUUGUAUCUGGUGCUGAUGGUCCUAUGCCACAAACUAAGGAACAUAUACUUCUUGCUAAACAGGUUGGUGUUCCAAAUAUGGUUGUGUUUUUAAAUAAACAAGAUCAAGUUGAUGAUGAGGAACUUUUACAAUUAGUUGAGCUUGAGGUUAGGGAAUUAUUGUCUAAUUAUGAUUUUCCUGGUGAUGAUAUACCUAUAAUUUCUGGGUCAGCUCUUUUAGCUCUUGAAGAAUUGAUGAAGAAUCCAAGUAUUAAAAGAGGGGAUAAUACUUGGGUUGAUAAGAUUUAUCAGCUUAUGGAUUCUGUUGAUGAAUACAUUCCUAUACCAACCAGACAAACAGAUUUGCCGUUUUUAAUGGCGAUUGAGGAUGUGUUUUCGAUUACUGGUCGUGGGACUGUGGCUACUGGGAGGGUUGAGAGGGGGACGGUUCGGACCGGGGAGACGGUUGAUAUUGUUGGGAUGAGGGAGACUAGGAAUACUACUGUUACUGGGGUUGAGAUGUUUCAGAAGAUAUUGGAUGAGGCGUUGGCGGGUGAUAAUGUUGGAUUGUUGUUGAGAGGGAUUCAGAAGAUUGAUAUUCAGAGAGGUAUGGUGCUUGCUAAGCCAGGGACGAUUACACCUCAUACUAAGUUCUCUGCUAUUGUCUAUGUAUUGAAGAAGGAAGAGGGCGGUAGGCAUUCGCCUUUCUUUGUUAAUUACCGCCCUCAAUUCUAUAUGAGGACUACUGAUGUUACAGGGAGGGUGUCCAAGAUUAUGAAUGAUAAGGAUGAGGAGUCCAAGAUGGUUAUGCCUGGUGAUCGAGUUAAGAUGGAGGUCGAGCUCAUUCAUCCUGUCGCGUGUGAGGAGGGAAUGAGGUUCGCUAUUAGGGAAGGUGGAAAGACUGUUGGUGCUGGCGUUAUUCAGUCUAUUAUUGAGUAGUUUUGUGGUGCUAGUAUUAGUGACUUGAGUGUCUUUGUAAGUUUUCUUUUGGUUGGGGGGAGAGGGGGGUUUUUCGAAAUGUAAUGAUAUUUGAUUUGGGGCUAAGAUUAAGCUGUAAAAUUUCCCCCCUUUUACAUGUCUUUUUGGGGAGUAGGGUUGAACAUUUGAGAUAUUUAUUCUCAUAAUUGUGCAAUUUAAUUUACACAUUUUACUCUA